AAACUGAGACUUUACUUGGUUGUCAGGGGAAACAAGCGCAGCUGAUGGAGACACACUGAAGAUCUUUUCCAAGGUCUUGUGUCGCCUACCUACAGCUUAACUUUCUGUUUGUUUUAUUUUGUUAAUUUCUCCUAUUUUUCUUCUUAUCCCGUGCAAUUUCAUUUCACCUUUAAAAUGGCUAUGAGUUACCAUAUGGAGGCUAGGAUCAAGCAAGAACGCUUGGACAGAUGGAACCGUAUAAAACAAAUGCCUUUAUCGGAUGAAUCUAAGGAAUUGAGUAACACCCCAGAAAAGUUUGUGCCUGGACUCAUAGAACCACGUUGCACUGAUUCAGGUCAAUUUGAUAUGAGAAAACCCCUGCCCAUGUUUCGAGUGAACGAAGAGGGAUAUAGAAAUCGAUAUCGAAAUCGACACCAUCUGGCUCCACAUGUUGACUGUGCAUACUCUGUCAUAUACCCAGGGAUGGUAAUGAAAGAUCAAAGAGAAUAUUUAAAAACUGGAAUCCCCCAAAGAAGCAGAGACCUGUGGAACCUACUCCCAAACCUCCCCCUGAAACAGUGCGCAGCAUUAAACGGGACAAUGUUUAUAGAAUCCUCCAUCCAUAUGAAUUCCAUUGACCUGUUUCUUUUUAAUUAACUAUCAAAACAAUCAUCAACUAUAAAUGACACAUCAGCAAGUUGUUAAUAAGGAAAAACAUUUAUUUUGUUUUGUUUUUUUAAACUUGCAUGAAACUGUAUAGGAUUUAGACUUUUUAUGUAUUUUUGGGUGAGUUUUUUUUUAAUUUAAAAAUAUUUAAGGAUAUAAAUUGAUAUUUCAGUAUUUUAAAUCCUAAAUUGAAGUAAACAUUACAUAAGGCUAUACUUGCAUGUUUGUUAAAAAAUUACAAUUCCACAGUUAGAUUCAUGUAAAUGUACUCAAAAGUCAAUUUUGUGAAUUUUCACCAAUCUUUUUUAUGUAUCAGUAUUAUUAGACUCCCUAUUGAGUUUACCUGUUUGUUAAUCGGUAAUAUUUGUUAGCUACACUUUUAAAAAAUUGAUUCUACCAUGUACAUUUUGGACUGAAGCACCUUCAUUCCAUUGACAUUGUUUCUCAUCACUCUUUCUUUUUGUGGUGCAGGGGUAGGGGAUGGCACAACUUAAAAUAAUUUUAUAAAUGCUUGUUUCCACUGAUAUUGUUGGAAGAUUUUAACAUUUCAAACUUAAAUCAUCUUUGUGUGACCUCUGGCAGAUGCAUUGUCCUUAAUCUCCAGUAUUUGACUGUUAAAACCUGAGUAUUUUUCAGUUUAUAUGGUUUUUGUUAUUUUUUAACAUUUAAUACUUGGAUUUCAAUGAUACCCAUCCAGAUUUUUACAUAUCUUUCAAAACUCAUUAAAAUUUGGCUUAGUAUAUCAUGUGACUUACUGUCAUUUUUUCUUGCAGGCCAUCCCCUAUCCUAUCUGGCCACGUCGUCUUUUCUAAACACCGCAACGCACAGAAUAUUCCUGAAGAUAAUGUGUAUCCUCUUUUGCAUCCUAGGGGAAAAAAUAAUAAAGAGCCUUCCCAAGAAGCUCAA